CGGCAUUUUGUCCUAUACAGUUGGAACACAGCGCGUGCGCAGAAAGCAUCAGGAAGUGGGGAGCAAACAGCACAGUGGAGUGUUAUCACUUGUAAAAAAUGGAAAACUCUAAAGAGGACUACAAGAUUCAGUCUUUUGACUUGGAGACCCAGAAGCUGCUGAAAACAGCCCUGAAAGAGCCCAGCACGGUGGACCUGGAGAAGGUGUCCAAUGUGCUCGUGGACCAGUCUUUGAAGGACCGGGUCUUCAGCAAAGAGGCAGGACGCAUUUGCUACACUAUCGUUCAGGCUGAGGCCAAGCACAACAACGGAAACSUGUUCCGGCGAAAUCUGCUCAACCGGCUGCAGCUGGAGUUCGUGGCCCGGGAGGACACGCGGCUUCGCUCGCUGCAGGAGUGGGUCUGCUUCGUCACCUUCAUCUGCAACGUCUUCGACUACCUCAAG